UUAAUGCGCCAUUACCUCCGUCUCAAACCAUUCUCCUACCCCAAGCCCAAACCAUUCUAUCUGUCGCUUCUAUCAACUUAAUAAUCUUUACGUUAUGGCUUCCAAAGCCUUUGCCUCCACCGCCCUUCUCUUCAUCUCUCUCGACCUCCUUUUCUUCUCCUUGGUCUCCUCUAACUACGUCCCAUGCCCACCUCCCCCCUACAAGCCCAAACCUUCCCCCAAACCUUCUCCCAAGCCAUCUCCAACCCCAGCCUACCCUUCCUGCCCUAGGGAUGCUCUCAAGUUCGGUGUGUGCGCCAACGUGCUCCAAGGUCUGAUCAACGUCCAACUUGGUAAUCCACCAAAGAAACCAUGCUGCAGCCUUCUUGAGGGCCUCGCUGAUCUCGAAGCAGCCGUGUGCCUCUGCACUGCCAUCAAGGCCAAUAUCUUGGGCACUAACCUCAACGUCCCCGUCGACCUAAGCCUGCUUCUUAACUACUGCGGCAAGAAGGUCCCAGCUGGAUACAAGUGCGCUUAGAUGUUUCCAUCCUCCAUCUAUCUAUCAUGUUACGGGUGUAUGUAUUUUGUGUUGUGUUUAUCAAGCUCUUGCAUUUGUGGUGAUGUUUAGUUUGAUGAUCCUAAAAGGUGGAAGGCUCGGUCCUAGCUAAGACAUUCCAUCUCCAAUUAUAAUAUUGUGAUAUGCUAAAUAAGUAUCGUUUGUAAUGAAAGUAUGUUUGCGUACUCAUAAGCAAGUGUUUGUAAUCUA